CGACUCAAGGGAGAGGGGAGCGACUGAGCCGAGGGGAAGGGGUGUCGUCAGAACCCGACUCUUCGCAACCGGCGUGAGACUCUGGGCGCCGCUAACUGGUAGGGGGUGACUGAGGAAUUCGGCUCUCGUCUAAAGGACGGCACGUCUUGUGAGGAGACUACUUCCUUCCGCUGAGGGAAGGUUGCUUUGGAUAAUCCAUAACAGUUAAAAAUAAGCUGACUUCAAGUUUGGAUAGAGCUGGCAGCUUGGAUCUAACAACUGUGAUUUUAUUUUAGAUGCAUAAUGAUCACACUGAUGCAAGAUAAAGUUAGUGAACAACUAUAAAAUGCCCAGAUUUGGGUCAGCAAAGGCAGUUCAGAUUCAAAAUUCUGACAGUGAUAGCACCAUGGUGGAAAAACCAACUGGAAGAAAGAGCAAGGACAAGAUUGCCUCCUACAGCAAAACUGCAAAAGUGGAUAGGAAUGAUAUGGGGAAGGAGAUGAAAGAAAAGUCUUCCAUGAAACGUAAACUUCAGUUUAAUGUUAGUCCAUCCAGAAAUGAAGAUCGAAAUUCAGACACAGAUUCAGAUCCAGGACAUACAAAUGAAAACUGGGGGGAGAGAUUAAUAUCUUCUUACAGGACAUUUUCAGAGAAAGAAGUCCCAGAAAAAAAGAAAAUGAAAAAGGAAGCUGGAAAUAAAAAAGCAGCACCUGUCAGCAUUCUUUUUGGUUACCCACUAUCAGAGCGCAAGCAGAUGGCCCUUCUUAUGCAGAUGACAGCCAGAGAUAACAGUCCAGAUCCCAAUGUAAAUCACCCUUUACAAACAGCACCAGCACAAAAGAAAACACCAAGUUCUUCAUCAAGACAAAAAGACAAAGUCAACAAAAGAAAUGAACGAGGGGAAACCCCCUUACAUACAGCAGCCAUUAGAGGUGAUAUUAAACAAGUUAAAGAGUUAAUCAGUCUAGGUGCAAAUGUGAAUGUGAAAGAUUUUGCAGGCUGGACACCACUCCAUGAAGCUUGUAAUGCUGGUUAUUAUGAUGUUGCUAAGGUCUUGAUAGCUGCAGGAGCAGAUGUGAAUACUCAAGGACUAGAUGAUGAUACACCUCUCCAUGAUUCUGCAAGUAGUGGACAUAGAAAAAUCGUGAAGUUGCUCCUCCGACAUGGUGGGAAUCCAUUUCAGGCCAACAAACAUGGAGAAAGACCUGUUGAUGUAGCGGAAACAGAAGAAUUGGAACUAUUACUGAAAAGGGAAGUUCCCAUUUCUGAUGAUGAAGAAGGUUGUUCAGAUCUUGAAGAGGCUCCAUCUAUAAAUCCUUCAAGUAUAGAUGGAAAUGUUGAUUCUGAAACAGAGAAGGAAUCUGUAGUUAAUGAUAGCAAGCAUGUUCCUAAUAAGACAUCACUUUCAUCUGCUCUUGAUGAAUAUGAAUUUAAAGAUGAUGAUGAGGAUGAAGUCAAGAAAAUGAUUGAUGGCAGACAUAUACCUAGGAAGGAUAUGAGAAAAGAGGAUGAAACAGAAAUAGAACAGAGUAACUUAUUUCUUAAACAAGAAAAGGUAGCAUUUCCAAAAUCAUUUAAAAAUAAAAAGCAGAAGCCCUCCAGAGUCUUAUAUUCAAGUUCCGAAAGUUCAGAUGAAGACAUUCUUCAAGACAAGAAGAUAAUCUCUCCUUCAUGUACUGUCACAGAAAUGGCAAAUUCUGAUACAAAGGUUAAAAAAGAAUAUGUUUUCAAUGAAUAUAAACAAAAAGGAAAAGUCAAAAGAAAACUAAAAAAUCAAAGCAAAAAUAAAGAGAACCAGCAAUUAAAGCUAGAAAAAGAUAACUCCAGAAUGACAAACAUCAGUGCUUCCGUAUUAGAUUCCUUAGACAAAAGCAGGGAAGAAGAGAAUUUUAGAAAAACUUUUAACCCCAAGGAUGAUUCUUCUUUACCCUUACUCCACAUGACUGCUGGGAGAUCCCCCAAGCAUCCCUGUGGAUUAAUUGAAAAGCAGUCAGUACCCCUGAAACAAGAGAACGUUAAAACUUGUUUAUCCCCAGGAGGGUCAGAAAUAACAUCACAAUCUGAAUUAGCUCGAUAUGACCAUAAUGCAGAUCCGGAGUUUCUGCUGGAAAGCUCCAGUGGGAAACCCUACAAGAACAAAGAAAAAAGUAAGCAUCAGAAAGAGUUUCUUUCAGAAUUUGGUGAAAAAUCCUGUCCUAAACUUAAAGAGGAAGAUAAUAGCCCAUCCUUCGAAAACCCUGAAUGUUUGAUGAAAAAGGUUGAUAAGGAGGGAAAAAUAAUUAAGAAGCAUAAAUUAAAGCAUAAAGAAAGAGAAAAGGAUAAACACAAAAAGGAGCAGGAUGGAGAGAAAGAAAAACACAAGCACAGGGAAGGUUCUAAGGAGCUCCAAAGGAAUACUGAAUUUGAUAGAGAAUUUUGGAAAGAAAAUUUUUUUAAAAGUGAUGAGGCAGAAGAUAACUCAAGUGUAGACCAUGAAUCUCAAACUUCAGAGAGGAAAUCUAAGUUGGAAAAAGUUUUGAUGAAAGAAGAUAAAUAUGUAAAAGAGAAAAACUUUCAGAAAGAGAGAAAUUUUAGAGAGGAGAGGGAUAAAAAUAAAAAAGAAAUUGACAAGGAAGAGAAAACAAAAGAUAGUAAGGAAGAAAAAGAGAGCAUAUUUACUGAGAAAGAAACAGAACUCUUUUGCUUAAGCGUUAGAGACAUAACAACUAUGUCUGUGGUAGAGAAAGAAACAGACAUUGAGAAGCAGGAAAAAAACAGCAAGGAACAUAGAGAAAAGCUAGAGAAGCGAAACUCUGCAACUGAAAAAGUAGAAAGAAAAAAUGUAGACAAAGAGAAAAAAAUAAAAUGUGAACAUAAGUCCGAAAAAGAAAAAUCAGAAAAUGAAAAUGUUGAAAAAAUGAAAGAAAAAGAAAAGUCAUAUUUACAGCAAUCAGAAAAAACUCAUAAAGAAAAUGACAAAUUAAAAAGUGUUAGUAUUAUUAAAAAGAUUGAUGACAAAGAAAAAAUCAAAGAAAAACUUGACAAGAAGCACGACAAAGAAAAAAAUGAUAAACACCUGUCUGAAUGCAAAGAAAAGCUUGGCAAUGAAAGGAAGUCCAAGGUUUCUGAAAAGGAAGGUGAAAAUUCAAAACUGGAGAAAGGAAAAAACAAAGAAAAAGAAAAGGAAACUGACAAAAAAGAGAAGUUGAAAGAACGGGAUAGUUCAACAGUUGCAAAUAUAAAGCAUGUACCAGAAGAGAAGAGGUGCAGUAAUGAAAAAACAUUGACUUUGAAAGAAAAGCCAAAAGAUGAAUUGCUGAAAACUCCAGAUGGAAGAGAGAAGGACAAGAAAGAUAAAGAUAUAGACAGAUAUAAAGAACGUGACAAACAUAAAGAUAAAAUGCAGCAAAAUAAUGUACCUAAACUAAAACCUGAAACUGAAAAGCUUAAGUCUAAACCAGCACCUAAAGACACUCGGCCUAAAGAAAAGAGAUUAUUAAAUGAUGAUCUGAUGCAGACAAGCUUUGAAAGAAUGCUUAGUCUUAAAGAUUUGGAAAUUGAACAGUGGCAUAGAAAACACAAAGAAAAAAUAAAACAGAAAGAAAAAGAAAGAUUAAAGAAUCGCUCCUGUUCAGAACUUAACAAAAUAAAAGAUAAGGACAAAACAAAACAUGCACUUACUGAAUUAAAAAACAAAGAGCUGAUUCGUUCAAAAAGUUCUGAGUUGUCAGAUGCUUGUGCGAAAGAUAAACAGCCGAAAGAUGCUACAAGUAGCCGGUCACAGUCUGUUGACAUAAAGAACUUGGCAGCUGGUGGAAAACCAUCCCUACUACUGGACAAUACUUUAAGUAGGUCCCCCAGAUCAGAAAGUGAAAAGACAGAGCUAACAUCCAGAUCAGUGUCUAUGAUUUCAGUUGCUAGUUCAGAGGAUUCUUGCCAUACUACAGUCACUCCUCCAAGACCCAUAACUGAAUAUGAUUCAGACUUUAUGCUUGAAGGAUCUGAUUCUCAAAUGUCUUUUUCACAUUCACCAUUUUUACCCAGUGCCAAAUCACCUGCCCACCACGAGACUGACAGUUUAUCAGAGUUGCCAGAACGUAAUAAAACACCCAUUUCAAACAGACUUCCACCAGCUUAUGUUAGAUCAGCCUCUGUCGAAGAUGUUAAAUUUGUUAUAAAUGAUUGCAGACCAGUUGUAGAAGUACGAAGAUGCAGUAUGCCAGCUGUUGUUUAUGAAAAUACAAAGCAGAACCGUGUUUUGGAAGAAAAUCACAGUACUUUGCUCUCUUCUCAGAGUCACAGUUCUCCUAAGCAUGAAUCACCAUGCUGUAAUUUGCUUGAAAAGGAUUCCCAAAUUGGAAUGUCAAACUUAUAUUCCAGUUCUGCCUCAUCACCAACUAGACCCAAUUCUAACAAAACUAAUGCAUCAGAUGCAGUCAUUAAAAAUGUUAUGCUAUCAAGCCCACCAGGAGAAAGUCAUACAUCUUUAGAGCAGAGUAACCAGAAUAACAUGACCUCAUCAAGUAAACCAUGGGAUGUGCCUUUGGAUAGAUUUAACACAUUAAACAGUGAAUGUACCUGUUCAAAUUAUGCAGGUUGUGAGCAACAAGCAACAACAGCUCCAGUCAUACAUAAUUCUGAAAAUAAAAUCAUGAAAGAGCAGAAAAAUGUGGAACCUUCUGUUCAUCAUGCUGAAAACAUAGCAAAUUCCACAUUACCAGAAUCAGGAGCAUUUUUGUGUCUUCCGUCUUCCUGCCCAUCUCGGAUUCAGCCAGUCAUAGAUACUGUCUGUGUAUCAAAACAUGCAGCUUUACCAGAUAUUAUCAGCCAAGAGUCUUCAAUUAUUAAGCACCAACAAAGUGCCAUUCAAGCUUCCAGUUCAAUUUUAGAUGUAGAUGCUAACAGUAAAAAGAAAAUGGAAAAACAAUUCUUAUCAAGCAAUAAAAAGUCAGAUGUGCUUAUCACUGUGUAUCCUGAAAGCUUGACUAAGGAUAUUUCACAAAAUUUUGAAAAGGAGUUCACUGCAAAUGAUCCUCGCCCACAUCCUAAUGCAAGUUCAUCUGUAGUUAGUAAGCUUAUUUAUAAGACAUCACAAGCUGAUGAACUAGAUAAUAGCAUGAUAGAUAUUCAGAUCCAAGGUGAAAAAGCCCAUUCUGAUGAUCUUUGUUCAUCCCUUAUGGGUGGUAAUAAAAAUGACGUAGAUCUACAGGAUUUAAAUGCCAGAACACUUAAAGGAAGUACAAAUGAGUAUAACAGAAAACUUUUUCAUGUUGACAACAUAGAAAACAGUUCAGUGGAAGAAAAUGUGCAGCAGUGCCUUUCACCCUGUUUGGAAAGCCAUUCACAGUUGACUGGACUUGAAGAACAUAAAUACAGCCCAACUAUUAAAUCAGAACUGGAAGAAACAAUAGAAGAUCAUAAAGCACAACAGUAUGAAGUUCCUCAAAGAAUUACAAGGAAUAGAGCAAAUUUGCUUGCUAAUCAGAACAAGCAGAAUCUAACUGUUUGUCCCCAGACAUCAGAAAGAGAUUCUGAAUCAUCUGCCUCUAUUAAAGGAAGGAUAAGGCUGACUGAGGAAGAUGAUGCUCAAGUGCAUCAUCCACGUAAAAGAAAACUGUCACGUGUUCCUCAGCCUGUACAAGUGAAUCCAUCUUUGAUGCAAGCUAAAGAAAAGACUCAUCAGUCCUUGGCAGCUAUUGUAGACUCUCUAAAACUAGAAGAGAUUCAGCCAUACAAUACAGAGAGAGCAAAUCCAUACUUUGAAUACUUGCACAUAAGAAAGAAAAUAGAAGAGAAGCGUAAAUUACUAUGCAGUGUUAUUCCUCAAGCACCUCAGUAUUAUGAUGAAUAUGUGACCUUCAAUGGAUCGUAUCUAUUGGAUGGCAAUCCCUUGAGCAAGAUAUGCAUUCCAACUAUUACACCACCACCUUCACUGUCAGAUCCACUUAAAGAACUCUUUAGACAACAAGAAGUUGUAAGGAUGAAACUUCGUUUACAGCACAGUAUUGAAAGGGAAAAACUUAUUGUUUCCAAUGAGCAAGAAGUACUGCGUGUUCAUUACAGAGCAGCAAGAACUUUAGCUAAUCAGACGUUACCUUUCAGCGCGUGCACAGUACUGUUAGAUGCUGAAGUAUAUAAUGUGCCUCUGGACACCCAGACUGAUGACAGUAAAACAUCAGUUAGAGAUCGAUUUAAUGCUAGACAGUUUAUGUCAUGGUUGCAGGAUGUGGAUGAUAAAUUUGACAAACUAAAGACAUGUCUCUUGAUGAGGCAGCAACACGAAGCAGCAGCUUUAAACGCUGUUCAGAGACUGGAAUGGCAGCUUAAACUACAAGAACUUGAUCCAGCAACUUAUAAAUCGAUCAGCAUUUAUGAAAUUCAGGAAUUCUAUGUUCCUCUUGUGGAUGUUAAUGAUGACUUUGAAUUGACACCUAUAUGACAGCUAGAAUCUCUGCUGUCUUUUACAGCUAAGGUUAUGGGACAUAAAUGAAAUUGUUUAAAAUAUAGCACUAAUGUGGAAUAUUGCCUUUUCCAGUAUUCCAUAUAUUCCUUCCGAAAUGCUUCACAAGAUCUUAUUCAAUAUUGUAAAUGCACAUACCAUUUAUUACUAAAUGGUAUUUAUUUUAGGUUUUAGAUCAAAAGCAUCUUCCAACAGAUCUAUUUAUGUACAAUAAUCUUUCACUGAAGAUUUAGCAGCGCUGGCAGCUGUUACAAGAAAUCCACUGAAGUUCUUCCUAUUUAAAGUUCACUUUAAUGAUUUUUAUUAUUAAACUUAAACUCCUAUAAAAAAAAUCAACAAACCUGUGGAAGAAAUUAUAAGCUUAUAGGAACAUGAGGAGUGAGAGUCUGUUCAUCUUAUAUAAUUUAUAGGUUAACUGUACAGUUUUCUUUUUUGAAAAGAUGUAAUAUUGUUUUCAUUUUUAAAAAUAACUUAUUUUAUACAUAUUGUGCAAAUGUAAAUAUUCUUGUAUUUAAUGUUCAGCCCUGUAUAAAAAUAGAUAUUUUAAUUGUAAAACUGUUUUGUCUAAUGUUUUAUUGGACCAAAGUUGUUGUUUCUUAUGUGUGGUGUAUAGACAAUUUUCUUUUAAAAGGCAUGUGUUUCAUUUAGCUGCUUGUACAUCACCAUGACUGUUCAGAUUUGACACUGAGCAGUAUUGCAUGCUAGCUCAGUUCAAGUUUUCCCUUAAUGUGUGGUACCUAAACUAUUGCGACUUGUGGUGCCAUUCCACCAUGCACUGCUUCAGUACAGCAUCCAUUCAUUCAGAGAAAUUUGCAUGAGUGCCUCUUUCAGUGUAGUUUGCAGCAGUGCUUAAUGGAUUACACCUUGACUUCCCAGAGCCAUUUGUCUAUUGCUCUGCUGCUAUAAUGCCAUGCCUAUGACUUAACUAUGCUGAGAGUAUUUUGUUCAAAAUCUUAAGGAUGAUCAAAUUGCUCUCUAAACAAGCCUUUCAGUGUCUCCUCUCCUCCCUUCCAGAUGUCCCUCAAUGAAAAAUUCUUAAAUUGUACAUUGUCUAUUUUAAUAUUUCCCAGUUGAAACAUAUGUAAAUAGUUGUACAUACAAUGUUUAAUAAAUUCUAUUGGUCAUGCUAACAGAUGGUUGAAUCCUUGUGAUGGUGAAAUUUUCAUUCUUGAAGUUUUAUACAAUUUGACAAAAAUAAAACUUGGAAAGUUCCAUGAUAA